AUGAACAAUUCUACUGAUGUCUCCAAGUCAGUAUAUGUUGGUAACGUUGAUCCACGUGUAACUAAGGAAGAAUUAUAUGAAUUAUUUAUUCAAUUAGGUCCUGUGAAUAAGAUACGAUAUCCAAAGGAUAAAGUAUUACAAACUUAUCAAGGGUAUGCAUUUAUUGAAUUUUCUAAAGAGAAAGAUCUAGAAUAUGUACUAAAUUUAGUAUCAAAGACAAAUAAUGGUAAUAUUAUGAAAUUAUAUGAUCGAUGGUUACGAAUUAGACGUACAGGAGAUAAUAAUAAUUCAAAAAAUUCAAAUAAAGAUAAAAAAUUACAAACAACAGAAAAUAUUAAUAAUAUACCGUUGGCUAAAAUAAUAAUUGAAGGAUUAGAUGAUAUCAUAGAUAACAAGACAUUAACAAGAAUACUUACAAAAUUUGGUAAGAUCUACCAACCUAUUGAAAUUUUUUCAAAUUCAUCGGAAUAUCAGGAGAAUAAUAAUAAUAAUAAUAAUAAUAAUAAUAAUAAUAACAAGAAUCAUAUUAAUCCAGUUACUAGAAAUUGUUAUGUUUAUUUUAAUUAUUAUAGAGAUGCGGACAAAGCUAUAAAUAAAUUAAAUGAUAGUCAUGUUGGCAAUACUCGUGUAACUGUUAAAUAUGCAAAGAGACCAGUCGGCCAAAAAGGUAUUUAUGGUAGUAAAAUUGAUCGAACAAUGAAUAGUGAGGCUGAAAAACACGGCUUAUUAUAG